CACGAGCAGUGGGAGUCUCUGUUCCAGGAGGUGCUGUUCCCCAUGCUCAUGGCUCAGCUUUCGCCUGAUUUGGAUCGCAUUGAUCCUGUGGGUGUAGAGGAGUCGCGUCUGCGCACUGGUAAGUGA